AUGUUGUCCAAGGUGUUCACCCGUUCGUUGGCUGCGGCUGCCAAGUCCGUCAAGCCCCCCGUGGAAUUGUUUGGUGUUGACGGCACCUACGCCAAUGCCCUCUACUCGGCCUCCGUGCAAGACUCGUCGGUGUCGAAGGCCUACAAGGACCUUGGCGAGAUCAACAAGCUUGCCGAAUCCGACCCCAAGAUCCAGGGCUACUUCACCAACCCGGUGUUGUCGAAGGAAGACCGUGAAGUCGUCGUCAAGACCAUCUCGGACUCGCUCUCGUUGGACAAGACCAUGUCGAACUUCCUCAGCGUGUUGGCCGACAACAACCGUUUGUCCGCCUUCCCCGGCAUCUACAAGAAGUUCGGUGUGUUGAACGACGCCGCCAGCGGCAUUGUCGAAGCGAGAAUCACCUCGGCCAAGCCCUUGGACUCGAAGAUCUUGAGAAGAUUGCAAAUCGCCAUCCAAAAGUCGUCGUCCGUCGGCGAAGACAAGACCCUCAAGGUCACCAACGACGUCAACCCCGACAUCUUGGGCGGUUUGAUCGUCGAGGUCGCCGACAAGACCGUCGACUUGUCGAUCUCGGCCAAGGUUGCCAGAUUGAACCAAUCGUUGGCUGAAGCCUUGUAA